ACAAUAACAACACUUGAAAAGGACCGGUAAAGACUUAAAGAACCCAACAAUAACAACACUUGCGUUUCCAAGUAGCCACCAUAACCCCAGAUCAACAAGAUUCAAUCUUUUUCAGAUAUUUAUUUUUUUCUUUUUUUUAAAAAAAUUAAUUUAAUUAUGAGGGGUUCUCAUAAUUCACUACGUCAUCCAAUCUCAAGCAGAAAAUAAUCAAUUCAGCAAUUUAUUUUUUUCAUUUUUUAAGAUUCUCCAUUUGUUAGCCUUCUCAAAAUUGUGACUUUUUCUUCAACUCUCUGUGUCACUCUUUUUUUCUGGGUUUUCUUUUGCUGUUCUUCAGAUUCAUCUUUCAUCAGGCAAAAUGUUCGGCGAACCUGUUAGUUCCGCAGAAGGAGAAAUCAAAGUGAGUUUUGGUUAUCAAUGUAAUGGAAAGAAACCUGAAUGUGAGGAGUCUGGAUAUGAACUCAUCCCUAAAACCCGACUUAGAAGAUCUAGCAGAUCUUUUUCCUGCCUUUCUGGUGCUGCAUUAAGUGCGAAUGCUACAUUAGCCAACACAAACAUCUGCAAUGGCCUUAUAGGCUCAGAGAUUUUGCCUAGUUUAGAUUCACCCAAUUCAUUCCGCAGAAUUCCAUCUUCUCCAUCACUUUCUUCUAAAAUGGACUUAUUGUCAUCUUCUCUUCCGAGUACGUUAUCAAACUUAAGUGUUAGUUCAUCUUCACUAGGUGAGUCACCGGACGGUGAUUCAUAUCUGAGGUUUAUGAGUGCGCCUUCACCAACCGAAGGCUUUCUAAAUGCCAUGGAAGUGCAAGUUGCUGGUGGAGCUGCUGGUGAAGAUAGGGUUCAAGCCGUUUGCUCUGAAGAAGACGGGUGGCUCUUUUGUUCAGUGUUCGAUGGAUUUAAUGGAAGAGAUGCGGCUGAUUUUCUGGCCGGAACAUUGUAUGAUACUUUUUUGCGAAACUUCAAUUUAUUUAAUUGGGAUCAUAAGGAGGAUUUGGUUGAAGUGGCUUCCGAUGAUUUGUUCCGUGAUGGAUUAGAAAAUGGAAAUAUUCGUUUUCCGAGGAAAAGUUUAAGAAUAGAUGGUAGAAAGGAUGUAAACUUUGACGAUUUUAGUCAUAAGGAGUCCUGCAAUGAGAUAGAUGUGUCAUCGGACGUUUUCAAGCAAGGGGUGUUGGAAUGCCUCCAACAAGCCCUUAGUCAAGCCGAGAAUGACUUCUUGUCCAUGGUUGAGCAGGAAAUGGAAGAUCGCCCAGAUCUUGUUUCUGUUGGGUCUUGUGUUUUGGUUGCAUUGCUUGUUGGGAAAGAUUUGUAUACGUUGAAUUUAGGUGAUAGUCGAGUAGUUGUUGCAACACAGAGCAAUGACGCUAAUGCUGAAGAAACCGAAAGAUUAAAAGCAAUUCAGCUUACGGAUAUUCAUAAUACUGAUAAUGAAGAGGAGAGAUCUAAACUACUUGCUAAUCACCGCGAUGAUCCUGCGCCUAUUACUGCAGGUAAAGUGAAAGGAAAAUUAAAGGUCACGCGUGCAUUUGGCGUUGGAUAUUUGAAAAAGAAAGUAUUGAACGAUGCACUAAUGGGAAUUCUCAGAGUUCGAAAUUUGAUAAGUCCUCCUUAUAUCUCCACAACUCCGACUGUUAAUGUUCACAGUAUCUCGAGAUCUGAUCGCUUUAUUGUACUUGGUAGUGAUGGUUUAUUCGACUUCUUUACUAACGAAGAGGUCGUUAGACUGGUACAUCUGUUCAUAUCCAAAUAUCCUUCAGGUGAUCCAGCAAAGUUUCUGCUCGAACAGCUUGUCAUCAAAGCCGCAGAGUGUGCAGGAUUUAGUAUGGAAGAACUCAUGAAUAUACCACCUGGAAGGAGGCGGAAAUACCACGAUGAUGUGACUGUGAUUGUGAUUCUUCUAGGACUAAAUCAACGCACUUCGAAAGCCUCGACAUGUUUGUGAGUCUCUAGUUCGAGUUCAUUUUUUCUUCUGUGAAUGGAAUCCGUAAAUAUUAAGUUUUGGCAACCACAAGACAUCGAUGAAAGUUUUGGAGGACUUGAGAAUCUUUAAUCUAGGAGAGCAAGUAUCUCUCCUAGGUUCAAAUCCCACAUAGUCAUUUUCUUUCUGCAGCUUAUCUUGUUGUCCUUAAAAAAAAAUCUAAGAGACAUGCCAUGGCAUUAGAUAAAAACUAAUGCCAUACAACCUAAUUUUUUUUUCCUCAUUAUUUUCUUUGUUUUUUUUUUGUUAAAAUGCCAAUUUGUUACCCACAUGUAUGUGAGCUGUUCCACCUCGGAAAAGAGAACAGUAUGCUUUGCUUUAUAAACUACAUGAGUAAUCCUUACUAGUAU